AUACAGGGGCGUGAACAAAAAGGGUUUGCUUACCGCGUGCGUCCUCGCGCCGUGUUUUUCGCUACAGUUUAGUCACUACGGUCAGAUACGAGUUUAAAAAUGGAGACGUUUAACAUGUUGCUGUUUGAUUACCCACAUUUAAUGUACGGUGGAGUCGGAGCUACGGCCUUUCUAGCAGGCGGAGCGCUGAUCUACAAAAUUGCCACCAGGAAGAAGCCCACAUAUGCAAAUGUAAACUGCUGGUUCUGCAAUCAGAACACAGUGGUGCCUUAUGGAAACAGGAACUGUUGGGAUUGUCCCAACUGUGACCAAUACAAUGGCUUCCAAGAGAAUGGGGAUUACAACAAACCCAUCCCAGCCCAGUACAUGGAGCAUCUUAAUCAUGGAGUAUCAGGAAGCCUCCCGUCAUCUGAGACACCCAAGACUCUGCAGUUUGUAAACUGUCAAAUGCUGCUGUGCAGGAAGUGCAAUAAUAACCAGACUGCAAAAAUCAAACAGUUGGCUUCAUAUGUUCCCAGGGAUGAUGACAAUUAUGAUGAUGAAAUUGAAGCCUACAAGCACCACUUGGAGCAGACCUACAAGUUAUGCAGACCUUGUCAGACAGCGGUAGAAUAUUAUAUAAAAUAUCAAAACCGCCAGCUUCGUUCAAGGCUCCUAAACCAUCAGCUUCGGCGCUCCCGAGAAUCAGACCCCGGGUUCGUUAAGAGCUCCCACUCUCAGUCCUCACCUGCCGGUGUCAUACUGCUACGGGUCCUUGCCUUCCUGAUUUGUUCUUUCCUCCUUGCUACGUUUGUCUAUAAAAUACCAGAACAGCCUCUAUCCCAGAAUGGGCCAGAGACCUUAAGUGGAGGCGUCGUUCCUCCAAAGCUAAAAUCCAGCAAGGAAUCCUCCGCCAAAAAUGAUAGCACGACAGAUUUUCCUGUGUGGCAGGGUUUCCUGGAUUUCAUCCCAGAUAAGGCCAUCGAAAAUGCCAAGUUAGUCUGGCAGCAUGGGAGGGACAACCAGCUGGCGAUGGUGUCUGUUGGCCUCAUGACUUGUCUUACGGCUAUUUUCUUAGCAGGACCUAUGCGGUUGAGAAGAAUUGAUGCUAUGGCCUCUGUUCUGUGGUUUGUCGUCCUGUGUCUCUACCUGGCUGAGAGCUACUUGGCGGAUUGUCCGAGCUGGAUGGAAACAGUAAAGCUUGCUAGCAUCUCCCUCUGCUGUCUCAUCAGCCUCGCGGCUGCAGCUGCAACUCACAAACCGUCGGCCCAGCGAAGAGGCAGAUAUCGAAGAUACCUUGCAGACAGCUCUGCAAGUCCACCCUUCAGCAGCCAUCCUGCUCCCUUACACCCUUCAGACAUGGCAGACUCGUUCUUCCUCGCCCCGCCCCCCAACAUUUCUGAGCUGAUAAACCGCCAGCGCAGUCCACGCGAGCGCAAAUCUUCCCCCUCCACUCUGCCAGGGCGCCUCAGCAGAGCCCUCUGCCUCGGAACAGUUCCCUCCCUCACCAGGACAGGUUCUGGUUACCUGUUUAGUGGUAGCAAACCUGCCUCACUGUACAAAGACUCGCCACCAUCAGAUUACUUCUCUUUGAAAUCUGGAAGCCGUCCCUCAUCCCCAGUUCCCUCUCCUACUCCUUCAUUGGCCGGGUCGGUUACAUCCAGUUCCGGUUCAGCCAGACAGCGCCGUCCUCUCAUUAGUCCAGCCCGCCUAAACAUCACUGGCCAGAAGCUCCGCCUUUUUUCUCGUGAAUCAGAUCCAAAGCUGGUUUCUCCCCCUUUGUCCUCAUUUCCGUUCUACAUGGAGCCGACUCCUUCAAUUUACAGCAGCUGCCUCUCCAGAGACAUGUCUCCUUUCCAAAGUCAAAAUGAUUUAAGUUCCUUAAUGAAAGAUGGAAGUGUGAUAGAAGAAGAGGAGAAACAAAGCAGCUCCUCAGGUUCCUCUGCCUGCCAGGUUGGCACAACGACACAAACUCCUGAGAGCUUCACUCCCCCAAAAGGUAUUGUGAAAUAUUUCAUCCUGCCUGGGAUUCUACUGACGAGUCUGACGGCCAACCUGUUGUUCGGAUGCUUCUAUCUCUAUCAUAACUGGGGGUGAAGCCUCAUCCACUCUGCUGCCUGCUUUCUCCUGAACUGAACCUAACAACUGGGCCUCUGGACGCUAUUUAUUUUUCUGGCUCCCUGAUAUUCAGCUUUCAGGAAAACUGGUCACAACUGUUUGCUGGCGGUUGAAUUAAAAACACAGAUCUCCAGCUAACGCAUUUCUUUUUUUAGAUAACUGAGAACAUCAACAUCACUGGUCUGAAAUGAUCGUUUACUCACUGAUGGUGUGUUAGAUUCAUAGAUGUAGACCUAAUAUAGUCUUUAUAUCUAUGGUCAAUACUCACAUUGAAAAUGUGCACUAAGUGCACACUUGAUGCUGAUUGGGUACUGAGGGGCACAUGUUACCCACUGGCAUGGAUUUAGAGGAGUGUUUUCCUCUGAGUUUUUUUUUUUUUUUUUCUGAUUUUCAUAAUGAGACAUGCUUUUUGUUCCUGAGAUUACAAUGAAAAUAACAGAUCUGAGAUGUAAAGGAAACUGGUGUUACUGUGUAUUGUGUAUAUUAAGCUGCAGAAUGAUUCUCUGGUGCUCUGCUGGUUCCCAGUUAAAGGUUCAUCUAAUUGUGCAGUUCAUUCAUUCACUACUGAAAAGGUCCAGGUUAACAAACUAUCGGUUCUAUUUAUUCACCCAGUCAUCCAUUAGCCUCUCAAGUCAUUAAAAAGGCUUUUUAUUUUUAUCCAGGGGCUGCAGUUUACACUAAUCUUUACGAGACUUGUCGUAUAAGGGCCUGAUGGAAGCUGGGGAUGUUUGCACGAGUCGUUUAUAUAGUUCUCUGAAUCAGUGUGAAGCAUGAAUGCAGGUGUUUUGGUAUACUUGGUGUGAAUUCUUCAUUUGAUUAAAAAAGAAGAUGCAAUUUACCAUUGUAUAUUUUGUAUAGAAAAUUGUGUAAAUGCUUUUUUUU